GUCUCACAGCCACCUCCGCUGAGGUCCGCGGGUCGCGCGCCUAGGCGGGUAGGGACCGCUGUGCCCUUCUCAGAAGCCAGCCUCCCCAAUUGGGAGAGGCGCUCUUCCUGUCCGCAGAGGGGACCGCUAAAAGGAUGCUGUAGGCGGGGCUGUCUUGGAGGACCUGCAAACGGACCCUAGAUUACCCCUUUAGGACUGGAACCAGUGAAGAGAUUUCAUGGACCAAUUUCUUAAAGCACUUCCCACGGCUAAGGACAAAGAACUUGAGGAAAACCCCUCGUCCAGGAAGAGGGGCAUCGACCCCACAUCUAUGUCCUGGGGCUUCAAGACCAGAGAUGUCCGAAUUACCAAGAUCCCAAACCACUUCCAGGCGAAGAAGACAGAGAAUAUCCUGAUCUUGGUGGCCUUCUCCAUUGGACUUGGCAGCAUGUGGCGUUUCCCAUACCUGUGCCACCAGAAUGGAGGAGGCAGCUUUCUGCUGAUGUACCUCAUCCUGCUGCUGCUGGUGGGGAUCCCCCUCUCGUACAUGGAGAUGAUCCUAGGACAUUGGCUACGGAUGGACAACAUCCGGGCCUGGAAUCAGCUGGUCCCCUGGCUAAGCGGUUUGGGCUACUCCAGCACACUGGCUUGUGUGCUGGUGAGCCUGUACAACAGUGCUCUGAUCUCCUGGAACCUCUUGUACCUGGGCCAGUCCUUUGAUUACCCUCCACCCUGGGAACAAUGCAAAAGGAGUCCCCAUUUCCAUAAGAUCACCAAUAUGUCUGAGUUUGAGUGCCUUCGGACAGUGCCCUUCCAGUACUUCUGGUAUCACACAAUCCUUCAAGUCUCCAGCCAAGUGGAGGAAGGGAUUGAGACGCUGGUCCUGAACAUCGCCGUGUGUCUCUUUGCCAUAUGGGUCUCCCUCUGUAUCAUCCUGAUUACUAGGAUAAAGAUCUCAGUGCUUAUGCUGAUUUUCUCCAUAUUCUUCCCCUACGUCCUCCUCUUCUGCUUCUUCAUCCGCAGUCUCUUCCUGCAAGGUGCCAUGGCCAGCCUCAGGCGCCUGGUGACCACAGAGCUCUCUAUCUUGUCAUCGCUGGACACGUGGCGCCAGGCUGGCGGCCAUGUGCUCUACUCCCUUGGCCUUGGCAUGGGCACCAUCAUCACUUUCUCCUCCUACCAGACCAGAGGUGACAACUACAUCAAGUUGGCCUCCUUUAUGGCCAUGGUCAACCUGGUAACGUCAUUGCUGAGCACGGCCAUCAUCUUUCUGGUGCUGGGCUUCUGGACCACAACCAGCGGACCCAGCUGUAUUGAGAACAGGAAUGUCUCCAAUCUGGUCAGACUGAUAGGCAAAGGUGUGCUGCCCCAGGCUGCCCGGCCUCCCCAGGACAUCGUUCACAAACCGCCAGAAGAAUACCUGUACUGGAUCAGCCAGCUCCCCUUGAAACUCCAGCAGAGGGUGGUCCAUUUCUCCCUACCCUGCAGCAUCCUGGUACAGAAGGAAAAGUUCAUGGAGGGCCCUGGCCUGGCAUAUGUGGCCUUCUCUCAAGUCAUCUCAUUGUUUCCUGGUUCCUCUUUCUGGGCCAUCAUCUUUUUCGUGGCUCUGGUCAUCAUGGGUCUGGCCACACUGACAAUGCUCCUGGAGAGUAUUGUGCUUCCGCUGCAGAACAACAUCCCUACCUUCACCAAGUAUCCCAAGCUGGUACCAGUGGUUGUCUGCUUGGGAGGACUUCUGGGCAGCCUUGUCUUCUCCAGUCGUUCCGGCAGCUACGUGGUGUUCCUGUUUGACAACCACCUGGUCCCCAUGGUCCUCGUCAUUGUUGUGGUGCUCCAGAACCUUUCUCUGGCUUGCGUCUAUGGAAUCAGGAGGUUCAGGGCUGAGAUGUUCAACCAGCUGGGCCGCCUGGUGUGGGCGCCCUUCACCUUCCUGUGGACUUACGUGACACUGCCCGCACUGCUGGCGCUGCUCACCAUCUGCUUCCUGAAUCUCUACCACAAGGAAUCCCUCUACUACAUCUCCUGGAAUAACAGUAUGAGCCAGGAAGAGAAGCAGCCUUACCAGAAGACAGUCCUGGGCUGGGUCACCUUGCUCAGCGUCCUGGUUCUGCUGCCCAUCCCUGUGUACCCGCUGCAGCACUGGUGGUACCUGGACGAUCAAGUCAUCUGUGAGGUCUUUAAAGGGCCUUCGUCCCCCAAAAGGACAGAAACAGUAUCCAACAAAGUCAGCCAGUGGCCUACACACCACCUAAGAAGAUUCACCCUCAGAGGCCCGGAAAAAGGUGCCCAGGUUCUUCCACUUCCAGGCAAGAACCCCACAGAGACGGGGAGCGUUCAACCCCCGGAAAAAAGUGCCCAGGUUCUUCCACUUCCAGGCAAGAAGCCCACAGAGAUGGGGGGCCUUCGACCCCCAGUACUGUUGACAAAAAGGGACAGUGAAAAUUAUUCCAGCUUCAGCCUUCGAGGUGACUCCAUUGUCCCCAACUAUUCCUGAGGCACCAAAGCCCACUGUCCUCCCAGCAGGUGAUCUUGGCUGCCAUAGCACUGGACAGAAAGGACAGGCAUAAGGCUUCCGAAGUGGCUGUGUUAUGUAUUUUCAGUUUCUGGCGAUGCACAACAACCAAUCCCUGCCCCACAGAAAGCAGAAGACGGAUAUGUGAACACCUAGCCAGAACUUCUGUGAGAGUCCUCUCGGGACUUCAGCUGGACACUCCAGCUCAGACGCUCAUCUUCCAGCAGUCUGGAUGCUAUGCCCAGGGCAGGCCCAGGGCCCCCUGACUCUCUGAGAUAUGAACACAGCUUUGGUGUGCCCAGGUCGGCAUCUAGCAAACAGCCCCAGCUACUGAGCGACACAGUGCUCCCUCUAGCCCUGCCUAGCCCUUGUGCCUGUCAACUGUGUGACCGACCUCCCGGGGCCGAUGAUCUCAGAUGCUGCCAAGAUAGCAUUUGCUGUCUGUUAAU